AUUUUUAUUUAAUUCGCCUCCGACUUCGUUUUCUCGCCCGUAGAUAUCCUCUUCUUCCCCGAAUCUCGUGCUCUUCCUUCCUCCCCUCUUCGUUUCCUCGCCCGCAGAAGUAGAUUCGGCUCGUGCUCUUCCUUCCUCGACCGGAGAAGAUGACUCGGGGAAACCAGAGGGAAACCGAUCGGCAGAGGGCUCAAGCCCGUAAGCAGCAGGGGAAACAGAAAGACGAUGAUCUGACACCUGAGCAGCGCCGGGAAAGGGAUGCGAAAGCCCUCCAAGAGAAGGCAGCUAAGAAGGCCGCACAAGCAGCAGCAGGAGGAGGUGCCUCUGACUCGAAGAACAAAGGGAACUCAAAGAAAUAGAGGUGGGGAAGUUCGAUGAGGGUGGUUAUUCUGUUACAAGGAUACCUUUAGUUGAAUAUCGUGAUGUGAUUUUCCUAUUUCUCCGAUGCUGCUUGUCUUACGGUGUCUAAAUUUAUGAAUGAUCUGGUUCCUCGUAACUGUAAUUUGAUCUUUAUGUUGGUCAAAAUUAUCCACUUACUAUAUCAAGGGACUCUUAGUCCGAGCGAGUAAUCUUUUGUCAUA